AUGUUUACGCAAACGCUUGCGCUUCUCGCGCUUUACGCCCAUACCGCCCUCGCAGUUCAGCCACUCGUGAUACAAGGCUCGAACUUUGUUAACUCGGUCACGGGAAACCGAUAUCAGAUUCUUGGUGUUGCAUAUCAACCUGGUGGCGAGGCAGGAUAUAAACCACAAUCUGGAGAAGAUCCCUUGAGCAAUGGAGAUGUAUGUCUACGCGACGCAGCUUUGAUGCAGAGGUUGGGUGUCAAUGCCAUUCGAGUGUACAACGUCUCUCCCGAUAUUAAUCAUGAUGAGUGCGCCUCCAUCUUCAAUGCGGUCGGAAUAUACAUGCUGCUAGAUGUGAAUGCUCCAUUCUCUGGAGAGAGCAUCAACAGAGGUGAUCCCGAGUCGAGCUACACGGCAUCUUAUCUGAACCGAACUUUUGCUGUCGUAGAGGCGUUCAAGAACUACCCAAAUACGUUGCUUUUCUUUGCUGGAAAUGAAGUUAUCAACGAUGUUCCCACCGGUGCCAACAUCCCACCCUACAUGAGAGCCGUCACCAGAGAUCUCAAAAACUACAUUGCUAAACACUCGACCAGAAGCAUUCCAGUGGGUUACAGUGCUGCUGAUGUCAGGGACACUCUCAUUGACACCUGGAACUAUUUGCAAUGCACCACAACUGGCGAUGACUCGGACCCAUCGCGUGUCGAUUUGUUUGCUUUGAACAGCUAUUCUUGGUGCGGAGACUCGACUUUUCAAACCAGUUCUUAUGACACCUUGAUUUCGGACUUCCAGAGCACUAGCGUCCCAGUCUUCUUCUCCGAAUACGGGUGCAAUAAGCCCUCCCCUCGGAUAUUCACUGAAGUACCAGUUUUGUAUGGUCCCCUUAUGACCCCUGUCAUGUCCGGUGGUCUUGUUUACGAGUUCUCUCAAGAGACAUCUAACUAUGGGCUUGUCUCUAUUGCGAGCAACGGUUCUCUCCAACUUCGUCAGGAUUAUGACGCGCUGCAAGGGCAAUACAACAGUCUCAAUCUUACCGCCAUUCAGGGCUCGAGGGCUGAGAACACUAGUGUUACACCUCCAACAUGUAACUCGACCCUGAUUCUGGAGUCGGGCUUUAACAAUAACUUUACUAUCCCUGAGACUCCAUCUGGCGCCCAGGACAUCAUUAAUAAUGGCGUGUCUUCAUCAAAUGUUGGAAAAUUGGUCCCAGUCACCAAUACUAAAGUCAGCCAGGUUGUUCAAGGGACUAAUGGUCAGACCAUGGACCUGAGUAUAACUGUGUUGGCUGAUGACCAGAGCAACACCCCAUCCGGUCAGACUUCAUCUACCGCUCCUACCACUACCACCAGCUCUGCGCCUGCCGCAACCACAAGCAAAAAGAGUGGCGCAACAAAUCUCAAAAUCACAAGUUGUGCACUUCUCGCUGUUGGAUUCUUGGCGGUUAUACUAUUGUAG